GUGAGUUCGCGCCUUGCCACUGGUCAGCGGGGUAGGGAAGCCUGUACAUCACGAGCGGGAGGUGUGAUACACGGCGAAAAGCUAAGCAUGGGACGGGAUCCAAAGCCGUCAUUCAGCCGAUGUAUGAUGCCGUCGUCUUGGGUGUGAGAUUGAAAAUCACCGUUUUCCAAGACAAAACCUCCAUCUCUUUCCUAGAUCAUUUAAAGCUUAAAAUGCCUCAGAUUUGCGGUCCGUAGUGGCGGCUACUAGCAUACCUUCCCUGACGUAGUAUGUUCAUCCUUUAGCAGGAGUGCUGCGCCUCAAUUUUACAAGCAAGAUAGCGAUUUUCGCGGCGUUGAUCACGUCUGUUUGAAACAUUGGACGUUGCUAUACGCAACAGUGAGACACGGCUCUUGAACGAUUCGAGAUUGAUAUGAGGACGUGGACACCUUGCGUGCAACAGGUCAGCUGUGUUUUGAGAGCGAGCUAAUACAAGAAAUAUAAAUAUAUUUCGAAGGGAUGCCCUUCAAACGCUUUAGAUCACGACUCUCUUCACGAAUCAGCCAGGACUCAAGCGUAUCACAGGGCACCGAUGAGCAGAGUUGCGGUCGUCCCAGCUUUGAGCCUCAUCAUCCUGUUUUGCCCAGAGUCAAAGGUAAACCACGUGUGCUGGGUUUAGUCGGCGAUCCUCAGUACAACCGUGAUUCUGGGGGCUCGGCGAAGUUUGGGGACAGGAUCUUCUGGACGUGGCGAGAUACCCAGCUGGUCAACAAUGGAAAGGUGCAGGAACUGCCGAUUCUUGCUAGCACGGCCAGCUGGAGUGACCUCAAUCACGAUGGCUCACCGGCCGUAGAGCCGCUGCAGUCACACGCAGACCCACUGAGGACAAUUACGCUGCAAGCGUAUGGGAAGAACAGUACAGAGAGAGCGUACUUCCGUAUCAUUCAUGACGGGGCCGAACCUCGAGCUGGGAUGCAAAAGGAUGGCACGAGACGUGCAUUGUGGCCUGAUUCUCCGCCAAUGGUGACUAGCACAUCUGACAAUGGACGUGUAACGGCCUAUUCCUGGAUCAAGAAAACGCACAUCAGGCCCGAUCUUUCAACCGUCACACAGCAUCCCGCGACGACAUUGUACCGCAUAACGUACGCAGCUUCAGAAAAUCGAGACGCGCUGCCCUACGCCAAACUGGUCGACGCGAGCUUUUGGAAUCAAGACGAGAUUGCGUAUGGCGCAUAUGGAAACGUGGUAAAGGACGGGAUCGCGUAUCUGUUCGGACAGAUUAACGGAAUGACGGCGUUGGCGCGAGUCCUUGUGGAUCGUGUGGAGCGCAAGUCCAUGUACGAGUAUUGGGUCGGCGGCGAAUGGACCAAAACGAAGCCGAACAUCAACGAUCGCAGCAUCGACAUCCCAAACGCGAAUGCUGGUGGGCAGGGUACGUACUACUUCUCCGAACCUUGGGAUAGCUUCGUGUGGAUAGGCGGCAGCAUAUUUCCCGGCGCAGAUUGUUACAUCACCACGGCGCGGACACCUACAGGGCCGUGGAUCAAGCCUUUCAAGUUUUAUUCUGGGGCGAAUGGUACGGCUUCUUUGCCUGCGUAUUCGAUACAGGCGCACCCCGGCAUGCUGAGAGAUGAGGAUGAAAAUGCCAUAUACAUCACGUACACCAAGUGUGAUCGAGACCAGAGCAACACGGUGGUCUACUCCACGCCUCUGGUCUACGUCGAAUGGGAAGACGAUGACGAAUCAGAAUGAUACGGUCAAGCUCAGCCUUUCUGCAUUGCUGCGUUGGUGCCCGAGACAAAUUGUAGAUAUCAAUUGUUCACGCGUUCAUGGACUUCGCUGCGAGAAUAUAGUCAAUAAUUCAGCGUAUCGUCUGUAAGAUUUUCAUAAGUCCAGUUGCAAGGUGGGACCCUGAGUUACGAGCUCUCUGAAGACUGGCUGUCAUCAAGACACGUCAUGCAGCUUAUAUAAUUCAUGAUGCC